CUUGCACCUCUCUACGUGUUCAACAAUAGCAUCGCUGAUACAAAAAAUCAAUCAUUCGAUCGGUAAACUGCGCAAUAAUGUCAGGCUUCUUGUAGUAUCGUUUCCACCACCGGUUGGAGAAUCUACUAAAUGUGAACUUGUUUGAUUUUUUUUCAGUUCACCUCAUUUGAUUAUAUAAGUUCGUACAAUUACAACAAGAGGAAUUGCACUAUUCCCGAUUUUAUUGAAUUCUACUGAAGAUCCCGGUAGAAAGCGACAACAAAAUGAAGACGUCUUGCUACUCGAACGUGUUCUCGUUGCUUCUUGGCAUCUAUUUUUCUCUCUUCUAUCAGCAAGAUGUUGUGUACGGCUUCCAGCUGCAACGGCGAAGUCGUGGACCCGGCAUUUUGAGAAAAGGAGGCACGUCUGCUGGCUCUACUGGAGGUAGUCUUGCUGGAGGAGGUCGGCGUUCAUCUUCACGACGAUUAAGGCUAGAAGAAAUUGCCCAUCUUCACGACGGGCAUCCUGAGAAAUCCAUCAUUCAAGGGGAGAAAGGUCCUCGGAUGCGUCUCAAGAUGGAUUUCUCUUGGUUCUAAAUAAAGCUAGCCAGCGCUCUGGUCCGUUCCCGUCCUCGCAUAAAAAGCUGUUGGAUGACGAGCCGGAGGGGGAACCUGGUGGCUCUCCACCUGGAUCUUCUGGGACAAACGAAGCGGAUCGAACAAAAGGGGUGACAUUUUCUUACGGCUCAGCUUUCAUUGGUCAUGGUCAUAGAUGAGGUUGGGGUCGCUGAAAUCGAAGAAGCCACCAUUUAGGUUGGGGUCGCUGAAAUGGAAAUCGAAGACAUGGUCAUAGAUGAGGUUGGUCGCUGAAAUGGAAAUCGAAGAUGAAGCGACCUUCUUCCCUUGCGAGUAGUAAGUAGAACAGGGGAAAACAAGGGGAGAGGCAUGGGGCAUUUCUCUUUCAGAAUCAGUGACCACUGACUGCUGACCUUUAAUUUUCACCAGGAAACAAGACUUUCGGCGUCUUCAGCGCGGCCGAGACAAAAUCACGCAGCAGUCCUACAACUAGCAGCACUGCUGCUCGCGGAACUAGUGUUUCUACUGGUCCUCUUCUUAGUAAAAAUCAAGAUUUUAUUGCUUCUUUUGGUUCUGCUUUAUCUUCACCUGGGUCGUUACAACAAUAUGAAGAUCCUUUGCGACACUGAGAGUAGUUUAUAGCACGCAGAGUAGUUGUUUAUUCAUUGCUUCUUUUGGUUCUGCUUUAUCUUCACCUGGGUCGUUACAACAAUAUGAAGAUCCUUUGCGACACUCAGAGUAGUUUAUAGCACGCAGAGUAGUUUAUUCAUUGCUUCUUUUGGUUCUGCUUUAUCUUCACCUGUCGCGGUGGAUCUUGAUAUCUUACAACAAUAUGAAGAUCCACCUUGACACUCAAAGAACACCGCGACUCUUCAGGUAGGGGCCACCCUGAUUCAACAUCCAGAUCAGUGGAGCGCCGGCCUCUGGUCUGGAUGAAUCCGACUGGUCAGCGGGGUACGAAACAAGAGACAAUCCAGUUUCCCAGUACUGACUACCACUUCUCAGGCGAGAAAAAGCUCAGAUUAGUAAGACUGUGGGAAAGAACGGGCGACCAGGGGAUUGGAGGCAUUAAGAAGAAGAGUAUUUUUACAGUAGAUAAGUAUUUGUUUGAGAAGUAGGAAUCCUAUCACUAUGUAAUAGAAAGUCUGUUAGCCUUGUUCGAUUUUUUCUUAAUUAAAAGAAAAUAACAGGAGAUCCAAUGGAACAAAUCCAAGAAUUGAAUGGUUGACCGAUAGUUGAGAAGCUGACACGAAAAUGAAAUGAAAUGUAGGAGGAUAAAUAGAAGUAAGUAGACUGUUGGAAUAAAACUGAAAAUUUCUCAGCGUCUUCCAGGGGAGGAGAGAUGCACCUCUCCUGGAAGGACAUGCAGCAGUUUCAUGAGCUUCAUCAUCACCACCAGAUUAUAUUAUAGACUCUAAAACUACGAUGAAUACAACUACAGGUAGCUCGGCUUCUUCUGCAUCGUCCGGAUCAAGAGCAUCCCCUUCCGGGACAACUACGGAGAAUGGGAAAAAGCAGUACAUCUGUGGUAUUCAGUUUCUCUUCGAAGGCGAUGACGAGGAAGCGAACAAGUUUAUUGGAUGCGAUCUCGACGAGAAGAAAUUGCUGAAGCAUGAAUUGAGGAUCGAUCAUGAUCGCGGCGAUUACAUCAGAACCGUUUCCGGACUAGCCACUGAGUCCAUCGACUACUUGAAAAUCGAGCUUUAUGCGCUUUCGUCUAGUUGUCUUACAAUGUAUUUGUUCCGUCUUUGAAUUCUAUAUAUCAGAAUUAGUUCCUAUUUGUUGGUCAAUGGUCAUUACUGGCUCAAGAUCCAAUGGAUGAACCUGAUUUCAAUGCCAAAUGACUGCUCUCACUCGUCACCUUGAUCAUGAUCAAUGCCGUUCCUUGUCUUGAACUCAUGUUAGUUCCUCGUAUGAUCAUCAUUUGAACUCAAUGAAUUCCAACAUGAAUUAGCAGCAAGAUCUCCCAGAUCUUUAGCUGCACUAUGGCCCUUCAUGAUAUCCCAAUGACAUUGAACCCAUUUUGAUACCAUUUCAGGGCCUUAAACAGUCAGUGAUCAUUCGGCGCGUCCGUUCUGAUCGUCUUUCUGUUACAUUGCAACGAUAAUCAUUCCAUUUGCUCUCAAGAGCCUCAUAGUGCGCUUGGACGUGUUCGGGUGUUCCAACACUGUUUCAAGCCCUUGAGCCUUACCUUAUUAAAGAAAUUGGUAGUCGAUUCUUUGUAGAAGUAGAGAAAACAAAGUCGCAUUACUUGCGCCACAAAAUGCCCGAUAUGAGUCUCGGAGAGAUUUCACCCAAACUGGGGCAGAAAUCUGACUGGCGUGACUGGCUUCGAGCGGUAACGCAAGAAGCAGACCGCCUGGACCUAGUCCAAUACCUCAACAACGUGCUGAACGGCAAUGCGGCAGGGGUUCCGAAACAACCCAACAACAACGACCGCAAGCUCCAGCAGAAUUGGCGAGAUUUGAAGAAUGUGAUCAUCAAGUCGCUCAAAGGUGCAGCCGAAGCACAUAUGAAGGAUCAGGAUACAACUGGAACUGUAAUGAACGCUGGUGAAGUGGUAACGAACCUCCGUGACGCUGGGUUCAGUCAAAAUGACCGCACAGAGCAACGAAUCUCUGCUAAAGCGUUGGAAGGGAUGCAUUUCACGAACCGUGAUUCUCCUCCAGACGUUCCAACAUUCCUGGCGAAGGUCAGAGAUGUCGUGAACCAAUCUCCGACCGUAUACCCGCCGGAAGUUGGUGUGGCUAUUGCUGAUCAACAAAAUGGAGCAAUCCUCGACAUUCUGCCAAAAAUGUUUUCCAAAGCAUUUCGACAGACAAUCGAGAGGAUGCAGGAAGAUAAACGUCUAACGUUCGUCCAAAUCGGUGAAAGACUCACGAAACGACUUCAGAGUUUGAUUGACUCUGGUGAGUACAAGAUCGAGAGUCCAUCUUUCGGCAAAGCUUUUCCAGCUGUCGAAGAUUCCGAUGAUGAAAACCAGAACAAUAACAAAACCAAGAAGCGCAAGCGUCAAGAUGAGAGUGAUGACGAUGGUAACGCAUUCGCCGCACUCAAGAAAACAACGAUCAAACGACUUCGCAAGAAGAUUCGCAAAGAAAUCAAGAACGAGGUCUACGCAACAAAAGGAAGUGGAAAGAGUAGUAGUAGUAGUUCUAGUAGUAAGAAAAACAAAGGAAAUGGCAAAGGUAAAGGUGCUAAGAACUCUAAUCCUAAUGAGGGUAUCCAGUGCGACUAUUGUCACAAGUAUGGACAUAAGGCGCACAAAUGCUGGCUAAACCCGAUGAGUCAAAGCUACCAACCUAACAAAGCCAUGAGCAGCAACUUCUUCAACAAUUCAUACAACUGUUGGCCGCAGGGUAACGCUAUCCCUCCGUGGCACCAGAACAACUAUCCACCGCAACAAAGUGGAGGAAAAGGAUUCGACAACAGUAACCCACAGCAGCAAUGGGGUGGACAACAACCACAACGCUGAGUCGAAACCAAUCCGGAAUGGAAUAGAUAUGGGAAACGAGAUGGACAGUCCCAAGAUGAAGAAGAAUUGGAAGAAGAUUUCGAAGAUGAAAAUGGAAGACGUUCGCUGAACUUUGAAGAAAACAUUGAGAAUAAAGAAUAUAGAAGUGAACUGUUUAGAGGUGAAAGCUAUAUGAUUGACAAUCGCUCAGGUUGCUAUCUAAGUGCAAAUAACAGGGAAAAUAGCAAAACAGUUUCACUUGUUGACAGUUGUGCUAAUAAGUAUUUGUCUAGCCAUCGUUCCGAUUUCAAGAAGAUUAGCUACCGGCUUUGUCAUAUUAGUGGCACUGCUGGAAAGCGAAGUGGGAACUUAGGUAGACUAAAAGAAAACAAAUUAGGAUUAAAAUAUGGCGUACACUUUGAACACUUACCAAAAGCCAUAGAUCGCAUUAUACCGUGGUUAGGUGAAGGAAACUGUCAUGAGAAGGGUUGGCAAAUGAAUUUCACAGAAAGUGGCGGAACGUUGUACAAUACUCGCUCCGGCCGCUCUCUACCCAUAACAAAUUGCCCCCAGAUGCAGUUACCUAUUCUAGGCUGUGACAUGUUUAGCAAAGAAGAAAAUGAAACUGAGGAGGAUAUAGUAUGCACUAGUAUAGAAGAAGCUAGACUUCAUUCACAAGCUUCAAGAUUAGACAUACAUCGUAGACUUGGUCACUUUCACGUUGAUGGCCUUAGUGUAUCUUGUCCAGAAUGUGAUCGAACCAAAGGUCAAAGACGCUCUCAUGCAAAAGUGAGACCCCCUGGACAUAUACCUUCUCCAUUGAAAACACUUGCAAUUGAUUUCGCAGUUGGUAUUAGACCAGUAUCUAUAAGAAGCAAAAGAUGUGCUUUAGUCAUUAUUUGUGAUUCGAUUAAAAUGUGUUUCGUUCGUCCUCUUUGCCUCAAGUCGGACUGCGUAGAGGUGAUUGAAGAAGUAAUAAAAGGCAUUCGCCAGGACUACUCAUUGUCACUCGACGACAAGGUGGUGUGGUUCAUCCGUAGAGAUAACGAACCCGUCCUAAGUAGUGACCAUAUGACCAAAGUCAUGCAAUCGCUACUGGUUUCGGAAAUUCCUGGAGUUCCUUACAACCCAGAAAUGAACGGAACUUGCGAACGUUUCAUGCGGACCAUUUUCGGUGCUGUACGUACCAUGUUGGUCAAAGUCGACCGACGUCUUUGGUGUUACUGCUUACAGUAUGCCGGAGAUUGUUGGAAUCGCUUACCGCAUCGUUAUGCAAAAAUGCCAGAACGUGAUGGAAUGAGUCCUGUCGAGAUACUAGAAAAGAGGAUAGGAAAGAAGUCCUCGAAAAGUGGUCUAGGUAUGUUAAGAAGAUUUGGUUGCUUGGUGUACUUUCGUGAACAGGUCGUAGACACCACCAACAAGAAAGAAGCAAAGCUUGCGUCACCUUAUCGGCGUGGUGUGUUUCUCGGUCUGUGUCCAGUUUCGUCUGGUUGGCUAGUAGGUACAUAUCACAACGAUGGGAGAACGAAAGCUGGCUUCAAGUGGAGUGAGUAUUCCACACUAGACGUAAAAUUUCGAGAGUCGAUAUUAGUCAAGAACAUUGAUUGGCUAUUGCCUACGUCGAAGGGCAUUUAUGUUGAUUAUGACCCGCUGGAAAACCUGCAGUCUGGCACGCCGUCGCUGGGUCCCGUCCUGCACAGACAUGCGCUGCAACGUAUGGCCUGUCAGCCGCGCUUCUCUGGCACGGAGUACAGCUCAGGCGAUCCAACCGGCAUGGAAAUGAUACUAGAUAACAAUGACAUUGGUGAGUUUUUCUGUGAAUCUUUGGACAAAGAGGAAGAUCCAAAGACCGGUGAUGAUUCCAACUCUGACGCGCAACGCGUUGAGGAGGGGAAUAUCUCAUCGGAGCGUGUGUCGCCUGACUCUAAUCCUGAAGCAAGGGAUCCGAGGACCUUACCCAUUCCACCAUCUCAACCAGGCAAAGUUGAGGAGGGGAAGAAAGGCCGAGGAAGACCUAAAGGGAGCAAGGAUAAGAAUCCAGGACAACGCAAAAGAAGAACAAAAGCCGAGCUAGAAGCAUUAAGAAAAGACAUGCAUAAAUUUGCCAUGCUAGCAGGCGGGCAUGAGCUGGAAGAAGGGGAGACCUUUCUCGAAGCACAUGUCAUGCUGUCAGUUUCCCAAGCCUUGAAAAGCCCUGACGCCGAGAAAUGGCGUGCAGCUAUCACCAAGGAGGAAGCUAGACUACUUGCCUUUGAGACUUGGGCGCCAGCUACUGACGAGGAGCUGCGAACCUCUUCUCAGGUAAUGCCUAUAGCAAUCGUUCUCACGGUAAAACGUGAUGGAACUUUCAAAGCUCGUGCUUGUGUGCUCGGGAAUCUUGAUCGUUCGGGGAAUAUCGACACCUACGCCCCUGUAGUGUCACAUGCUGCGAAUAGACUUUUACUCGUUUCAGCAGCGACGGACUCUGACUUCGUCAUCCCAUUCGACCUUGAUUCUGCGUUCCUUAAUGCUGAACUCGAUCGUGACGUCUUCUGCCGUCUUCCACCAGUGUGGGCGGAGAAGCAUGGAGCGGAUAUCGUCAAGCUUAAGAAAGCUCUCUAUGGGCUCAAGGACGCUCCACGAGCCUGGUUCAAGAAGUAUUGCGUGCUAUUGUCCGAACUCGGAUGGGAGCCGUGUCCUUCUGCUCCAGGAUUGUGGCGGAAAAAGAGCAAAACGCACCCAGGAAAGUAUAUGAAGAUGUCAGUCUAUGUUGAUGAUAACUUAGCUACUGGACCUGACUAUCACGAGUUACGGUCUGAGCUCGACCGGAUCUUUAGUCGCGCCCCUGGCCGACCUAUUGAGAUGGCAAAGCGAGUCGAUUCUCUUACGGGUUUCGAAUGGCUAGAGUUCGACUUUCUUGGUGCGAUUGUGCACUAUUGUCGGGAAGCACGUUCAGUGAAAAUCCUGAUGAAUGUGUACAUAGAGAAGACUAUACAGAAGUAUAAAAUAACAUUAGGUAAGCCGGUGUGGUCUCCAAAUUUCGACGAGUCUGCUUUGCUUGAGGAGGGGCUUAAGCUAGCAGCCGGGUUUCCAUUGCGUGAGAUUGUUGGCGCACUGCUUUGGAUAUCGACAACCGCAAGGCCAGAUAUUUGCGUCCCUGUGGCGACAUUGGCUCGGUAUGUCAGUAAGCCCGUUACUGAAAGAAUUGCAAAAGCCUGUAGAAAAGUGUUAAAGUAUCUAGCUACGACAAAGGACCAAGGACUCUACUACUCUCCAGAAAGUGAGGAAGAAUUCAACGAAAUUUACAAGAAGCUCCUACCAGAAGGAAGAGGGCUACCGUAUACUAACUGGCUCUCAGAUGCAGGAUUCGCAAACUGCAUAAAGAGCAUGCGCUCGACCAGUGGUUCGAUUGUGUACUAUCGGGGUUUUCCAAUCUGUUGGAAACGCAAUACCCAAACUGUGCGUGCAUAUUCAACUGCAGAGUCAGAGUAUAUAGCCGCGUCGGACACUAUUGUCAUGAGCGAGCUGCAUGAUUUUACAGAUUUCUUCAAUCCCUUACCCACUCAACUAGUGGAAGCGCGGUUUGGUAUAUCGCCAUCCCUCGACGAUGCCAUAUUGUGGAUAGACAACCAGCCCGCAAUCUCGACAGCAAAGAGUGAAGAUGCGAAGCCUAAGAGUAGACACUAUGCAUUACGUUAUUUAAGGGUUAGAGAUGCAGCUGAGAAAGUCGCUUUCUGUCCUACUCACCUGAUGAAAGCUGACGGACUAACGAAACUUUCAUGCUCAUCCACUCAACGCAGAUUAUUAUUACAUCACAUAGAGAAUCCAGUAAUUAGCCGUAACCAUGUUGAAGAUGAUAGUGACUCGGAAGAAGACGAUGCUGAGUCUGGUUCAAGUUCUGCUUCUUUGGCGGUGCUUACCUAUUCUAUCUUCUUAGGGUGUUAGGUCGUUGGUCAAAGGUGAUGUCAGUGGCUAUACAACGAAAGUGAUGGCUCUGGGUCGGAGCAGGUAACGCCAGACCGUGUGUGACUUUCGUCUUACUUUUCCUCCCCUAGCGAUUGAGGAGGGGUGUUGGUCAAUGGUCAUUACUGGCUCACGAUCCAAUGGAUGAACCUGAUUUCAAUGCCAAAUGACUGCUCUCACUCGUCACCUUGAUCAUGAUCAAUACCGUUCCUUGUCUUGAACUCGUGUUAGUUCCUCGCAUGGUCAUCAUUUGAACUCAAUGAAUUCCAACAUGAAUUAGCAGCAAGAUCUCCCAGAUCUUUAACUGCACUAUGACCCUUCAUGAUAUCCCAAUGACAUUGAACCCAUUUUGAUACCAUUUCAGGGCCUUAAACAGUCAGUGAUCAUUCGGCACGUCCGUUCUGAUCGUCUUUCUGUUACAUUGCAACGAUAAUCAUUCCAUUUACUCUCAAGAGCCUCAUAUUGCGCUUGGACGUGUUCGGGUGUUCCAACACUGUUUCAAGCCCUUGAGCCUUACCUUAUUAAAGAAAUUGCUAGUCAAUACUUUGUAGAAGUAGAGAAAACAAAGUCGCAUUAUUUGCGCCACAAAAUGCCCGAUAUGAGUCUUGGAGAGAUUUCACCCAAACUGGGACAGAAAUCUGACUGGCGUGACUGGCUUCGAGCGGUAACGCAAGAAGCGGACCGCCUGGACCUAGUCCAAUACUUCAACAACGUGCUGAACGGCAAUGCGGCAGGGAUUCCGAACCAACCCAACAACAACGACCGCAAGCUCCAGCAGAAUUGGCGAGAUUUGAAGAACGUGAUCAUCAAGUCGCUCAAAGGUGCAGCCGCAGCACAUAUGAAGGAUCAGGAUACCACUGUAAUGAACGCUGGUGAAGUGGUAACAAACCUCCGUGACGCUGGUUUCAGUCAAAAUGACCGCACAGAGCAGCGAAUCUCUGCUAAAGCGUUGGAAGGGAUGCAUUUCACGAACAGUGAUUCUCCUCCAGACGUUCCAACAUUCUUGGCGAAGGUUAGAGAUGUCAUGAACCAAUCUCCGACCGUAUACCCGCCGGAAGUUGGUGUGGCUGUUGCUGAUCAACAAAACGGAGCAAUCCUCGACAUUCUGCCAAAAAUGUUUUCCAAAGCAUUUCGACAGACAAUCGAGAGGAUGCAAGAAGAUGAACAUCUAACGUUCGUCCAAAUCGGUGACAGACUCACGAAACGGCUUCAAAGUUUGAUUGACUCUGGUGAGUACAAGAUCGAGAAUCCAUCUUUCGGCAAAGCUUUUCCAGCUGUCGAAGAUUCCGAUGAUGAAAACCAGAACAAUAACAAAACCAAGAAGCGUAAACGUCAAGAUGAGAGUGAUGACGAUGGUAACGCGUUUGCCGCUCUCAAGAAAACAACGAUCAAACGACUUCGCAAGAAGAUUCGCAAAGAAAUCAAGAACGAGGUCUACGCAACAAAAGGAAGUGGAAAGAGUAGUAGUAGUAGUUCUAGUAGUAAGAAGAACAAAGGAAAUGGCAAAGGUAAAGGUGCUAAGAACUCAAAUCCUAAUGAGGGCAUCCAGUGCAACUAUUGUCACAAAUAUGGACAUAAGGCGCACAAAUGCUGGCUAAACCCGAUGAGUCAAAGCUACCAACCUAACAAAGCCAUGGGCAGCAACUUCUUCAACAAUUCAUACAACUGUUGGCCGCAAGGUAACACUAUCCCUCCGUGGCACCAGAACAACUAUCCACCGCAACAAAGUGGAGGAAAAGGAUUCGACAACGGUAACCCACAGCAGCAAUGGGGUGGACAACAACCACAACGCUGAGUCGAAACCAAUCCGGAAUGGAAUGGAUAUGGGAGACGAGAUGGACAGUCCCAAGAUGAAGAAGAAUUGGAAGAAGAUUUCCAAAAUGAGGAUGGAAAAUGUUCGCUGAACUUGGAAGAAAACUUUGAGAAUAAAGAAUAUAGAAGUGAACUGCUUAGGGAUGAAAGCUAUAUGAUUGACAAUCACUCAGGUUGCUAUCUUAGUGCAAAUCAAAGCAAAACAGUUUCACUUGUUGACAGUUGUGCAAAUAAGUAUUUGUCUAGCCAUCGUUCCGAUUUCAAGAAAAUUAGCCACCGGCUUUGUCAUAUUAGUGGCACUGCUGGAAAGCGAAGUGGGAACCUAGGUAGACUAAAAGAAAACAAACUAGGAUUAAAAUAUGGCGUACACUUUGAACACUUACCAAAAGCCAUAGAUCGCAUUAUACCGUGGUUAGGUGAAGGAAACUGUCAUGAAAAGGGUUGGCAAAUGAAUUUCACAGAAAGUGGCGGAACGUUGUACAAUACUCGCUCCGGCCGCUCUCUACCCAUAACAAAUUGCCCCCAGAUGCAGUUACCUAUUCUAGGCUGUGACAUGUUUAGCAAAGAAGAAAAUGAAACUGAGGAGGAUAUAGUAUGCACUAGUAUAGAAGAAGCUAGACUUCAUUCACAAGCUUCAAGAUUAGACAUACAUCGUAGACUUGGUCACUUUCACGUUGAUGGCCUUAGUGUAUCUUGUCCAGAAUGUGAUCGAACCAAAGGUCAAAGACGCUCUCAUGCAAAAGUGAGACCCCCUGGACAUAUACCUUCUCCAUUGAAAACACUUGCAAUUGAUUUCGCAGUUGGUAUUAGACCAGUAUCUAUAAGAAGCAAAAGAUGUGCUUUAGUCAUUAUUUGUGAUUCGAUUAAAAUGUGUUUCGUUCGUCCUCUUUGCCUCAAGUCGGACUGCGUAGAGGUGAUUGAAGAAGUAAUAAAAGGCAUUCGCCAGGACUACUCAUUGUCACUCGACGACAAGGUGGUGUGGUUCAUCCGUAGAGAUAACGAACCCGUCCUAAGUAGUGACCAUAUGACCAAAGUCAUGCAAUCGCUACUGGUUUCGGAAAUUCCUGGAGUUCCUUACAACCCAGAAAUGAACGGAACUUGCGAACGUUUCAUGCGGACCAUUUUCGGUGCUGUACGUACCAUGUUGGUCAAAGUCGACCGACGUCUUUGGUGUUACUGCUUACAGUAUGCCGGAGAUUGUUGGAAUCGCUUACCGCAUCGUUAUGCAAAAAUGCCAGAACGUGAUGGAAUGAGUCCUGUCGAGAUACUAGAAAAGAGGAUAGGAAAGAAGUCCUCGAAAAGUGGUCUAGGUAUGUUAAGAAGAUUUGGUUGCUUGGUGUACUUUCGUGAACAGGUCGUAGACACCACCAACAAGAAAGAAGCAAAGCUUGCGUCACCUUAUCGGCGUGGUGUGUUUCUCGGUCUGUGUCCAGUUUCGUCUGGUUGGCUAGUAGGUACAUAUCACAACGAUGGGAGAACGAAAGCUGGCUUCAAGUGGAGUGAGUAUUCCACACUAGACGUAAAAUUUCGAGAGUCGAUAUUAGUCAAGAACAUUGAUUGGCUAUUGCCUACGUCGAAGGGCAUUUAUGUUGAUUAUGACCCGCUGGAAAACCUGCAGUCUGGCACGCCGUCGCUGGGUCCCGUCCUGCACAGACAUGCGCUGCAACGUAUGGCCUGUCAGCCGCGCUUCUCUGGCACGGAGUACAGCUCAGGCGAUCCAACCGGCAUGGAAAUGAUACUAGAUAACAAUGACAUUGGUGAGUUUUUCUGUGAAUCUUUGGACAAAGAGGAAGAUCCAAAGACCGGUGAUGAUUCCAACUCUGACGCGCAACGCGUUGAGGAGGGGAAUAUCUCAUCGGAGCGUGUGUCGCCUGACUCUAAUCCUGAAGCAAGGGAUCCGAGGACCUUACCCAUUCCACCAUCUCAACCAGGCAAAGUUGAGGAGGGGAAGAAAGGCCGAGGAAGACCUAAAGGGAGCAAGGAUAAGAAUCCAGGACAACGCAAAAGAAGAACAAAAGCCGAGCUAGAAGCAUUAAGAAAAGACAUGCAUAAAUUUGCCAUGCUAGCAGGCGGGCAUGAGCUGGAAGAAGGGGAGACCUUUCUCGAAGCACAUGUCAUGCUGUCAGUUUCCCAAGCCUUGAAAAGCCCUGACGCCGAGAAAUGGCGUGCAGCUAUCACCAAGGAGGAAGCUAGACUACUUGCCUUUGAGACUUGGGCGCCAGCUACUGACGAGGAGCUGCGAACCUCUUCUCAGGUAAUGCCUAUAGCAAUCGUUCUCACGGUAAAACGUGAUGGAACUUUCAAAGCUCGUGCUUGUGUGCUCGGGAAUCUUGAUCGUUCGGGGAAUAUCGACACCUACGCCCCUGUAGUGUCACAUGCUGCGAAUAGACUUUUACUCGUUUCAGCAGCGACGGACUCUGACUUCGUCAUCCCAUUCGACCUUGAUUCUGCGUUCCUUAAUGCUGAACUCGAUCGUGACGUCUUCUGCCGUCUUCCACCAGUGUGGGCGGAGAAGCAUGGAGCGGAUAUCGUCAAGCUUAAGAAAGCUCUCUAUGGGCUCAAGGACGCUCCACGAGCCUGGUUCAAGAAGUAUUGCGUGCUAUUGUCCGAACUCGGAUGGGAGCCGUGUCCUUCUGCUCCAGGAUUGUGGCGGAAAAAGAGCAAAACGCACCCAGGAAAGUAUAUGAAGAUGUCAGUCUAUGUUGAUGAUAACUUAGCUACUGGACCUGACUAUCACGAGUUACGGUCUGAGCUCGACCGGAUCUUUAGUCGCGCCCCUGGCCGACCUAUUGAGAUGGCAAAGCGAGUCGAUUCUCUUACGGGUUUCGAAUGGCUAGAGUUCGACUUUCUUGGUGCGAUUGUGCACUAUUGUCGGGAAGCACGUUCAGUGAAAAUCCUGAUGAAUGUGUACAUAGAGAAGACUAUACAGAAGUAUAAAAUAACAUUAGGUAAGCCGGUGUGGUCUCCAAAUUUCGACGAGUCUGCUUUGCUUGAGGAGGGGCUUAAGCUAGCAGCCGGGUUUCCAUUGCGUGAGAUUGUUGGCGCACUGCUUUGGAUAUCGACAACCGCAAGGCCAGAUAUUUGCGUCCCUGUGGCGACAUUGGCUCGGUAUGUCAGUAAGCCCGUUACAGAAAGAAUUGCAAAAGCCUGUAGAAAAGUAUUAAAGUAUCUAGCUACGACAAAAGACCAAGGACUCUAUUAUUCUCCAGAAAGUGAGGAAGAAUUCAACGGAAUUUACAAGAAGCUCCUACCAGAAGGAAGAGAGCUACCGUAUACUAACUGGUUCUCAGAUGCAGGAUUCGCAAACUGCAUAAAGAGCAUGCGCUCGACCAGUGGUUCGAUUAUGUACUAUCGGGGCUUUCCAAUCUGUUGGAAACGCAAUACACAAACCGUGCGUGCAUAUUCAACUGCAGAGUCAGAGUAUAUAGCCGCGUCGGACACUAUUGUCAUGAGCGAGCUGCAUGAUUUUACAGAUUUCUUCAAUCCCUUACCCACUCAAUUAGUGGAAACGCGGUUUGGUAUAUCGCCAUCCCUCGAUGAUGCCAUAUUGUGGAUAGACAACCAGUCUGCAAUCUCGACAGCAAAGAGUGAAGACACGAAGCCUAAGAGUAGACACUAUGCGUUACGUUAUUUACGAGUUAGAGACGCAGCUGAGAAAGUAGUUUUCUGUCCUACUCACCUCAUGAAAGCUGAUGGACUAACGAAACUUUCAUGCUCAUCUACUCAACGCAGAUUAUUAUUACAUCACAUAGAGAAUCCAGUCAUUAGCCGUAACCAUGAUGAAGAUGAUAGUGACUCGGAAACGGAAGAUGAUGAGUCUGGUUCAAGUUCUGCUUCCGUGGCGGUGCUUACCUAUUCUAUCUUCUUAGGGUGUUAGGUCGUUGGUCAAGUGGUGACGUCAGUGGAUAUAGAGAAUCGUGAUGGUUCUGGGUCAGAGCAGGUAACACCAGACCGUUUGUGACUUUCGUCAUUUCCUCACCUAGCGAUUGAGGAGGGGUGUUGGUCAAUGGUCAUUACUGGCUCAAGAUCCAACGAACGAACCUGAUUUCAAUGUCAAAUGACUGCUCUCACUCGUCACCUUGAUCAUGAUCAAUGCCGUUCCUUGUCUUGAACUCUUGUUAGUUCCUCCUAUGAUCAUCGUUUGAACUCAAUGAAUUCCAACAUGAAUUAGCAGCAAGAUCUCCCAGAUCUUUAACUGCACUAUGACCCUUCAUGAUAUCCCAAUGACAUUGAACCCAUUUUGAUACCAUUUCAGGGCCUUAAACAGUCAGUGAUCAUUCGGCACGUCCGUUCUGAUCGUCUUUCUGUUACAUUGCAACGAUAAUCAUUCCAUUUGCUCUCAAGAGCCUCGUAGUGCGCUUGGACGUGUUCGGGUGUUCCAACACUAUUCGAGUUCUAUCUUUAUAUCAGAAUUACAUCUUUGAGCCGUAUAUUAGAAUGUGAGUCUUACAACAUCUUUGAAUUUGAAGAUUUAUCUGAGUCAUCUUUGAAUUUGAAGAUUUUUGGGUGGAUUUUUCUGGUCCUUUGAAUUGUUUGUGUUUCUUCUUAGAUAGUAGUUUUUCUUUGUUUCUUUCUUUGCGUUUCAUCUUACUUUAUCUGAAGUUUUCUUCAUUCCUUUGAAGAUGAUAGUUUAGAAGGUCAAGGCCUCAACCGAUGGCUGAGCCGACUGAUGAGCCCGACAUCGGCACACUAACCUUGUAAAUUAGUAGAAGAACCUGCGAACGUGAACGAAUAUGAAAGUACAGAGUAUUUCUUCAUAAGAUGAAUUCCAAGCGGCGUAUCGAAGCGGGCACAGCGGAGGAACCUCGUCUGUGGAUGUGGAAGUGGGACCCCCGUUUUUCUUUUACGAACGGCCAGCCUAGACAUUCACAUUGGAGGAUGGCGAAAUUGUUUGAAAAUUGUGUAAAAAUCGCACAGAAAAAUGAACCUGCUAAACCUGCCAAAUGAUCUCAGAGGAGGUGAGCGAUCUCUUACAUAAUCGGAGGCCUGGGAGGUUUCGUUUAGCAGGUUGUCUGGGACGUCGGUCCUUCGAUGUUUUUCCUGGUCCAUUUUCGUACAAUUUUUAGACACGAAUGAAUCUAUUCAAACAAUUAUUUCGCACAAGCCUGGAGGGGUCAUCUACUAGGCAGUGUCUGUGGCCUCUUCCCCUCUGGAGGGGUCAUCUACUAGGCAGUGUCAGUGGAUCUAAUUCUUUUCCGGUAGACGAUCAUUCCCCUAUGAACACCGCAGAGAAUAAAGUGGAGCGACGGAAAUAUCCCGACCAGCAAAUUUGUGGUUUCUAUGGCGGAUACCAUCCAGCGCGGGGCGAUUUGCACAUGCUUGGCGUCUACUACCGAAGCGACGGAGAGCAAGCAGCCCCUCCUUCUAUUAAGGGUAGGUCUAAUUCUAGUUUUUUAUUUGGGGGUCGAGCUGCUGAUAGUCUACUCCCAGAGAACCUUAUGUCGUGUUUAUCUUUAUAGUAUCCAUGCCAGAGCCAGACCUUUCCCAGAUUGUUGCUAGGAUUGUUCAAGGGCUACUUCUAGCAGCUCCCUUAGUUUCUAGAAGCUCAGAUGAAUCUCCUGGGAAGGGACAACAUGAUUCGUACUGGUGCUCCUGGGUUGUUUGGUUAUAACUGAUAGCUGGGGGGACCACCCCGACAGAAGUGGUGCUCGUGGUGGUGGUGGAUAUUUUCGCGGAUUUUCCCCAUUUCCACGUCGCGGCGGUGGAGGACGUGCUGGUUGGGACCGUAAGGAAGAGCACGAACAAGAAGGACCGAGAGUACAGACAACCAGGAACAGGAAAGUGACAGUGGAAGCAACAGCUGAGUCUGGCCCGUUGAUGGAAUUUUUCGGACUGGGGAAGUUCUCGACGAAGUUGAAAUGGGCAGACGCAGCGACGACAGGUGCAGGAGCUACUUUUUAUGAGAACAUACCAGAAGGAUCGACUGAAGACAGAAAAUAUUUUAUUUCCGGAAUAUUUCCCAAAGCACAAGAAAGCUGUAGCAACUAUGGAAUAUUCUGAAAAUAUUUUUGUCGUUCGAUGGUUUCUUUGUGGUUCGUUUCUAAAAUUUAGAAGACGAUGACGAUGACGAUGACGAUGGCGAUGGCGAUGACGAUGACGAUGACGAUGACGAUGACGAUGACGAUGACGAUGACGAUGACGAUGACGAUGACGAUGAUGAACAAGAUGGGGCCACUGGUGCUAAGGGAUCAUCAACAUCUUCCCAUGCAGCACCACCGAGAGACCCCAAACGCGAGAAGGGCCCAGUUCUUCGUGACCUCCAGAACCCAAGCGUUACUAUUAAUAUCAACGUACACAAUCGUGAGGGCGGCAUAGUGAACAUGAGCCAGCAUAACUGCUACGAGGGUCCGUCACCAGGUCCAUCAGCUUCACCAUAUCCAUCAGCUUCAGCAUGUCGCCGAGGUGGCGGGCUAGGAGGAGGAGGAGCAUCUUCUUUUUUGUCGCCAUAGGUAGAAGAUUCUCAUGAUUUCGAAUGUCAACCUGUGAGGACUUUGAAGGUCCGCAACGCGGAAGCAGUAACCUAAGCGCUAAGAACACUGAGUAAGCACUUGGAUAAUUGGGAUUUGUGUUCUAGAAAAACAAGAAUAAGAGGAGAGCUUGAAAAACCACAAGAAACAUCAACAAGCUUGAUCCGAUCAUCUUCCGGAUGACGUAUGAUCCACCAGAAGCUCCAGACGACUACAGCAGGUCUCCUUCAAAGUCUAUAUAAUGAUAAUUUAGAAGACAAAAUUAAUUUCAACAUUUGAAUAUUUACAUUUUAGAAGAAGCUACAUUGUAGGUAAUUCGAUAAAUCGUAAUGUUGUUGGGACCGACGAGAAACUAAAAGACCCAGAAGAAAAUUCACGAAAUCGAAAACUUGAGGAUGGCCUAGCUAACAUUGGGACGAAGUUAGUAAUUGUAGUUGAACUUGAAACCUUUGGUCUUGUUGGUAGACGUAGGAUUUACAUUUAAUGACUCAGAACCAACCAUAAUGAUAAAAGAGGGUCAAUAUGAACAUGUUUUCCACGACGAUGGAGACUUGUCUAUGAGAAUAUCACUAGUUAUUUACCUGGAUAUGAGGAGCGAGUUGUUGUUGUUCUUCCGAUUUCAAUUUGGCCUUUCGAUUUAAUGUAUGCUCUUUCGAUGGCGUCAGGACUUUCAUGUUGAGUUGUUCGCUUUUCUUCAUUAAGGUUUUGAUGAAGCCAACUGAGGUUUGGUUGAUCCUGAUAGAUUGGAUGCAUUUCAUCAUGCCAGGCACAUCAAUCAAUCAAUCAAUCAGUGCCCUUCUCCUCGUGGAAACACGCACAAUGAUAUUGCAGAUUGAAGAGAGGUUGCAACCUUCAAGGAGGUCUUGUCUCCCGCCUCUGUGUCUGUCUUCUUUCACGCCAAAACUACGAAACUAACUGUUGUUCGGCAUAGGAUGUUGUUGAUCGGCAUAGGAUGGAAGCGUAUUUCUGCUAGAUGUAUGUAUGUAGAUCGAACCUGCAAAGAGGGAACACAAAGAGGGCUACAUCUUUUGCCCCUAAAGCUGAGGCCGCUCUUUCAGUAGCCCCAGGAUACAAAAAAAAGGAAACUCUUUCCUGAAAUCUCCAAAUCCAAAUCCAAA